AUGGAUCUGAAUCUGCAGGACUUGGAGGACGCGAGGGACUGGACUGGAGGCUCUGGCGAAGACCAGGUCGGACGCCGCCGAGCAGCCGUCGAGCGUGGCGGCGGUGGAGGCGGCGGCGGCGUUGGAAGCGGAGGCGGAGGGAGCGGUGGUGGCGGCGGAGGGAGAAGUGGAGGCGGCGGAGGUUGCGGCGGUUUCGGCGGCGGCGGAUGGUGCGACGGUUUCGGCGGCGUCCUAGUCGGCGGAGAUGGCGGUGGCGGCGGCGGAGGAGAUGACGGCGGCGGAGGGUGCGGCGGUUUCGGUGGUGGCGGCGGUGGCGGUUGCGAUGGUGGCGGCGGCGAUUAA